UUUGCUUCCGAUCUUUCACAGAUCCGAAACGCCGUUACCCACAGUAUUUUGCAUCUUGUCGUUGGUUUUUUGACUAUGAGUGGAAGUUUAUGUACGAUAUCUUAGCUCCACGUAAGUGCUAAAAUUAAGACAACAAGUACAUAGAAAUAACUGUCCCAUUUCAUUCUGUGUAACAGCUAAACGGGUACAUCUUCGCUUGCACCGGGUUCUCACCUUCUAUCUGGGCGUACGAGUCACUGGAGUCUGGAGUCAUAAAAUUUUUACAGAUUUUUUCAAGGCAGUGCAAGCGACAUUCUGCAUUGGUUUUGGAUUGGGUGUGGUUUCCAUGGCCUUUCUCUCAAUCUUGUGGAUCAAUAACUACGCGCCACAAAGACAAGCGGAGCUGCGCUACAUUACGGCAUUUACACAUCUUGCAUCAAGUUUCUGGAUAUUCGUAGCCUACACUAUUUUUGCUGCUAAUGCAUACGUCCCUCAGUGGCUACCGGGAUGGCAGAACAAUUACCUUUCGUGGUCAUUUGGAAUAUGUGUGGUCAGCGGCCUGCAGAUGUUUACCAGCAGCGCCUUGUUUUUCUGGGAUGGUGUGAAUGUGCAGAAACGCACAGAAAAGCGAAAGCGGGCAAACGGGACCAGUGGUGGCAUAUCGCAUAACCACACUCCCUUAUCCGAAGAAUUAGAACUUUGUUCGGAUCAGCAAAAUAUUCUUCUCGAGAGCGAUGUCUGAACAGUUCAUAUCAAAUUUUUAUAAUUACGAGUAUUAUGCACGAUUCGUUAGACUCUCAAAAAUAGUACGGUACAGCAUGAAUAGAAUAUCUUCAACUAAGAUUUCAACAUUUUUUCCUUUAAAUAUAUUUUAAAACGAAUGUAAUCUAGCGGCACAUUUAUUAAAACUGCGAAU